CAAAAAAAGAAAGAAGCUUCCGUAACAGAUUUAGACAUUUUUUCAUAAAUAUUGCAAAUGAAUAUCUUAUAAGCUUGAAAUAAAUAUUUUGUUUAAAGAUUGCUUGCACGAAGAUAUUAUCAUUCUGGAUUCCCAAAAGAGGACUUAUUUAGACAUCUACAAGAUGGAUUUGGCGGAGACAAUGAAGAAUGUGUUAGCAAAAAGCACUGGCAGUGCUAGCAGUGCUGCAAGCUCUUCCGGAGCCGCAACGCCGCACGGUGCAGAGGGAUACGUCACUGAGAAGCUGUACAUGCUUCUGCAGUUGUACUUGCAAAAUAAAGGCUGGAGUCCUAGUAUAGAGCUGUUGCAAUGUUUCAGUGACCUCAAAGAAUCUUCUAUGUUGCCCAGUGCUGCUUAUUUACAAAUGAUGGCAUCCAGAGUUGGAUUAGACACACAAGGAAGACUGAUACUCCGUGAAAAUGGUAAAAUAAUUUUACCAUAUGAACAUUUUGCUAAUGCGGUUAUGUUGAAGCAUAUGAACGGCCCACAUGGGCUACAUUUAGGUCUGGAAGCUACAGUCAGAGCGGUUGUUGAAUCAUACACAAUAGGAAGAGAACAAUUUGGUAUGGAGAAAGAAUUUAUAAUAGAGGUUGUGCAAAAUUGUCCAAACCCUGCUUGUCGGUACUACAAAAAUCAACUGGAAAUGACACAAAAAUCAAUUCAACAACAUUUAUCUCAACAGCCAACAUAUAUUCCAGACGCGGGCAGUUCGAGCCUGUCCGACAGCCAGGCGGUGGAGCGGCUGUUGCGAGGCUCACUGCCGCAGGACUACCAGCUGCCGCUGGCGCCACACAUUGCCGCCCUCACAGGUGGUCUGACAGGUGAGAAGUCAGAGCGGCGGUCGCAGGAGAAGCUGUCGCAGCACCAACAGCUGCUGCUCCACCAGGGCCGCUCGCUGCAUGCAGACAAGUACAGCCACACGCAGCGCUCCUCCGCCUCCUCCCAGUCCAGCCUCGACACUAAGUCCAAACAUCAUUACUCCGAUGAACAUAAACUUACAGAUUUCUUGAGGGCGAACUUGGAGAGCCUGGAGGGUCUGUCGGGCGCGGGGGGUGCAGGGGGUGCGGCGGGCUCGGGGGGUGCGGCGGGUGCGGGCGGUGCUGGGGGUGCGGGGGGCGGGCAGGAGCGAGUGGUGCGCGCGUUCGCAGAGCUGGCGCGCAACCUGCAGCGCAUGCGGCCCUGCGUGCGCCCCGCCAUGUGCAAACCUUACGGCAAACAGAGCGAGCAGCUGCAAAAGAUAUUACUGGACACGAUCCAGUUGGUGCAGUCGUUGCGCAGCUACCUGCCGCCGCCGCACAUACAGGUCACCUCGUGGAAGAACGACGACAAGUUGCGUUCCAACAAUAUGGAGGAAUUGGAGAGCCGUAAGAUCGUGAGCGGCAACUAGCCCGCGGAGCACGCCGCGGCUGACACGUGAGCUGUCACCUGACACUUGUCACCUGUCACCC